UUCUCGUUGCUGUUCUUAUGCUGGAAUGACAGGGAGCCUGUAUUGAGGCUGGCUCUUAUUAAAGCCGGUGCCGUCACGAGGCGCCAGGUAGUUCAAGCAGCCGAGAAAUUGAGGGAGUGCUUCCUGGGUAAUGACGACACUGAUUAAAGUACGGCUGAAUGAAGCAAACGAAAGGAAUGGAUGGUACCAGCAGAGAGCAAUGAAAAAAAAAAUGUGCCUUUUUUCACGGCAACCAGCGUUGCCGACGCAAGUAGAGCACGUGUUUUAUCCAGUAGCUACAUCCUUCUAUAACCAAUGAAUAUAUUGCUAUAAAUUUUAUACAAGAUGAGGCAGCUCGUUCGGACUACCCUCUCCCUUUUCGAACCAAUAAAACUUCAGAAAGAAACCGAAGGCAG